AUGGGGCAGGAAGUUCAUGUUAACUUUGGUCAUCUUAUCCGCCAGGUUACUGGUUAUUUAGAUGACUGCACCUGUGACGUGGAAACUAUUGAUGCCUUCAACAACUACAAGCUUUUUCCUAGACUGAAUGAACUUCUGGAAAGUGACUAUUUUAGAUACUACAAGGUAAACUUAAAGAAACCCUGUCCUUUUUGGAAUGACAACAGUCACUGUGGAAUAAGAGACUGUGCUGUAAAACCUUGCCCAUCUAAUGAAGUCCCUGAUGGAAUCAGAGCUGGCAGUUACAAGUAUUCGGAAGAAGCCAAUAACCUUGCUGAAGAAUGUGAAGAAGCCGAGAGACUUGGAGCUGUUGACGGGUCUUUGAGUGAGGAGACCCAGGCAGCUGUGGCUCGGUGGACGCGGCACGACGACUCUUCGGACAGCUUCUGCGAAGCGGAUGACAUCCACUCUCCUGAUGCAGAGUACGUGGACUUGCUGCUGAAUCCUGAGCGCUACACUGGCUACAAAGGACCAGAUGCCUGGAAAAUCUGGAAUAGCAUCUACGAAGAAAAUUGUUUCAAGCCUCAAAGUAUAAAAAGACCUUUGGCACCUGGUAGAGGAGAUGAUGGAGGACGCACUUUUUACAACUGGCUGAAAGAUAUCUGCGUGGAGAAACGAGCUUUCUACAGACUUAUUUCUGGUCUCCAUGCAAGCAUCAACAUUCAUUUGAGUGCCAGAUAUCUCUUGCAAGAUACGUGGUCAGAGAAGAAAUGGGGCCCCAACGUUACGGAGUUCCAGCAGAGAUUCGACGAAGUCCUCACCAGAGGGGAAGGUCCCAGGAGACUCAAGAACCUGUAUUUCCUCUACCUGAUAGAGCUGCGGGCCCUGUCCAAAGCGUUGCCCUUCUUUGAGCGCCCAGGUUUCCAGCUCUACACAGGAAAUAAAAUUCAUGAUGCCGAGAUCAAAACCCUGUUGCUGGAAAUCCUCCAUCUGGCCAAGUCUUUCCCUCUGCAUUUUGAUGAAAAAUCAUUUUUUGCGGGGAAUAAAAAAGAAGCUGCUAAACUCAAGGAGGAAUUCAGGCUACACUUUAAGAAUAUUUCUAGGAUAAUGGACUGUGUUGGCUGCUUCAAAUGUCGCCUCUGGGGGAAGCUGCAGACCCAGGGCUUGGGGACAGCACUGAAGAUCCUGUUUUCUGAAAACCUGAUAGAGAAGAUACCUGAAAGUGGCCCUUCCUAUGGAUUCCAGCUGACGAGACAAGAAAUUGUUGCUUUAUUUAACGCUUUUGGAAGGAUUUCCACGAGUGUUAAGGAACUGGAAAACUUCAGGACCCUCUUAGGAAAUAUGCAGUGAAGUCACGUGAGAGAAAG